AUGGGUUUGAAAGCAGAUGUAAGUACUGCCGACGCCAACAUGGAGGUGUUCACACGGCGUCCAGUUGGGAUGUCAACGUUGGAUUUAUUAGGUUGCUCUUCGUCCGACGGAGUUACCGCGUGGAAUGAUCCAGCCAUCCCUGCAAAAGUUCGUCGAGAGAUGCAUCAGCUGGUUAAAGCCGACUUGGUCGAGUCGCUACGUCCUCAACAGAUUGACAGACCGCGAAUGAAUAAUUUCAGUACUCUCGGACUACCCAAAGAUCCUCCGCCACUCGGUGAACAAACUACCAAAUCUAAGCACAAAUUCGUGCAUGGAACACCCACUCAACGUCGAUUGAUCGGGGGUAAGCUUAUCCGGACUUCGGAUCUCGAAAGCACGUUAAGCUCCUCCGUUUCAGCUCCAGAACUCUAUCGAGGGAUUACUCGCGAAGUCAAGAGCUUAAAAAAUCAACCGGAGAUUGAACAGGACGCUCUUGACGUCGCUCUAAAGUCCAGUACUAGUCCAGAAGAGAACCCGAAGACUCCACCGCAACGCGAAAUGAGUCCAGCUGAGAAAGAGCGAGUAGCCUUACGCCAGCAAGAAAAUCUGCUGCAGUCGGAGCUUCUGCGCGUCAGUCGAAAACUCUCGCGAAAGUAUCAGAAGCAGCUUAACCCUCGAAAAAAUUUGACAACGUGUAAGAUCCACACUUUAGCCCAGAAAUGGGAGGAGCACGGGCAGCAAGAAGAGGAUGCACGUGUCAAUCAUGAGCGAUACAAUUUGUACGUUGCAGGCCGGUUCUCGACGCAGAUGGAGCUGGAUUACUAUCAGCGCAAGAUUGAACCUCGUGAACCUGCUACAGACAAGCAUCGUCGUCCAACGAUGCACUCCAAGUACGGCAAUGCAUUAGCUAGAAACAAAUGCAGUUUACGCGGACCUUUCUAA